CCGAAACCGAUAUUUUUGAUCGAUGUUAUGGUAGUCGUUGUUUCCAACUUUAUGGCAAAGUAUGCGCACCGUCUUCGUCUUGAUUGUAGUCGGUUAUGUCGCAGUGUAUCCCGAUCUUUUCUGCUUUCGCGAGCGUGCGUCCUCUUUGCUAGCGUUUCCACAACUCUUCGUCUCGAGGCGAUCGGAAAAGCGCAAGGAGAAUCGGGAAACACAGCGACUAGGGAGGACUAGUGGCGUGUCUGUCGACCAUGGUAGCCCGCCAGCGAGGGGGGACGAAAACGCAGACCCCGGCGGGCAGAGACACGAUAGUGACCAUAGCGUACGUGGAGAAAAAGCCGAGAGGAGCGAAGUGCAUCCGGAGGACCACGACACAACAACGCGUGCAGCGCCGGCGGCGCGACCUUCUGCUUCAAGUAGUCCACUUCCCGAGGAUACUGACGCCCACACGACAGACAAGUAUCCGAGCGUUGACGGGUCGGGAUUCCACACCCGAGACGAGGUUUCUCUGUGCACCCCAGCCACACAGCGCGACGUGGACGGGGGAUGGCUGGAGCUGUUGGCGAAGACCGUGGCCCAGCAAACCAUUUUACCGCUGGAGUGGCUGAUUUUUCUGUCUGGCGUGACGGAAAACACGUGUCAGCAGAUGGAACAGAAAUUGAACGAAAUUCUGACCACUCGCCUCGCCGUGCCUCCCAUGACGAAAGAGGAGUAUGUGUCCCGGGUGAGAACAGUGGCCAACCGCGCCACCAUUUUGGAAGAUUUGGAAACCAACAAAACGGCCUGGGUGCUUACCGGCCCAGACACCGCAACGGACCCCUCUGCGUACGUGGAGCCCAAACUGAACAUUCCAGUACGGCGCGCACGCCGUGAGCCGCUGUUCGACAAGGGUAAGCAGGUCGCCGACUGGGUAAAAGCGCAGGCCAUCGAUAAAACUUCUGGGGCCACUGCCAUGUUGGAGCGACUGCAGGAGUUCGACCAGCGCGUGCACAACUCGCGACGCCUGCGUCCUCGGUUCCGCCGUCCACCGCCGGAAUUGCCAGUGGUGCCCAGUCUGUUGAACCCAGUUUUACAACAUCAUGACGAGGACGAGAGCGCGCCACAGAAGGUAGAGUUGAAGCUGCAGUGCCACUCGGCGGUUUUCAACCAGGGCUGGGCGCGCAACCGGUUGGCCGAGAUGGCCCGGGGCACCAUUCUCUCCUACGUGGACGCCGAUGACGGCCUGCAUCCGAUCCGGACGGAAAUUUUGCUGCGGCAGUUUUGGAACUACCCCAGUCUGAAGAUGGUGGGCCACCGCCGCAGCGAGGGCCCGCGGUCGGAGGACAUGGAACUGCUGCUGCAGCUGCAGGGCGUCUACAACGCCACGUUCUCGGAGUGGAUGUACUACCGCAUGCUCCGGACCGGGUGGUUCAUCGGCAAGGGGGCGAUCUGCGUCUACGGCCACGUGUCGGUCCGCAAGGAGGUCUUUCGCGAGAUCAUGUACGACGAAGAGCCGCGCCACGUGCGACAGAAUUUGGAAGACAUGUACUUCAUCCACAAGGGACUGCGGCUGUGGGGGCCGCGCAACGACUCUUUCUCGUUCGUCUGGAAUGAGCUUACCUGGGGCGUCAAGGCUGCCUACCGAGAAGCGCGCCUGAAAGCACAGCACGAGAAGAAAGUUGUGAAAGUCGUAAAAAAGAAGGCGGCGCAUCAUGAUCAUCAGCCUGGACAGGUGGGAGAUCCUCGUUAGGCCGCCUGGAAGCUUUUGUGUUGAUUUGAAAAAUAAGUUGCUUCCUAUUAAGGGCGCUACUUACUCAAGAACUACUGCUGCGUCGAUGUCGAAACGAACACCAAGGAAAUCUAGGGAGGACCGCCAGUCCGACAAGAUGACAAAUGCGAAAAUGAUGCACAGGCG